UGACCGGAUACUCCAGGUUCAGUGUUUUCUCCUGACCAAAUAUACUCUCGUCCCGAACACCCAGAGUCUCAGAGGAUCGCUGAGCUCCAGCUGCGACAUGAGGAGACUCACGAAGAAGAAAACUCUGACUCUGGUCAAGGAGCUGGACGCUUUCCCCAAAGUCCCGGAGAGCUACGUGGAGUCCACAGCCAGCGGCGGGACAGUGUCUCUGAUCGCCUUCACCCUCAUGGCUGUUCUUGCCAUCCUGGAGUUCUUUGUGUACACAAGGACGUGGAUGAGAUACGAGUACGAGGUGGACAAAGACUUCAGCAGUAAACUCCGGAUCAAUGUAGACAUCACAGUUGCUAUGAGAUGUCAAUAUAUUGGUGCAGAUGUCCUGGAUCUGGCAGAAACCAUGGUCGCAUCUGAUGGUUUAAAAUAUGAACCAGUCAACUAUGAACUGUCUCCACAGCAGAAGAUGUGGCACAUGACUCUUCUGCACAUCCAGGAGCGUCUGAGAGUCGAGCACGCUCUUCAGGACAUCAUCUUCAAGGCUGCGUUAAAAGGAGAUCCUCCUGCUCCUGACCAUAGGGACGACAGCAUCACUUCCCUCACGGCCUGCAGGAUACAUGGACAUAUGUAUGUUAACAAAGUGGCAGGAAACUUCCACAUCACUGUUGGCAAGUCCAUCCCUCAUCCCAGAGGACACGCUCAUCUAGCUGCUCUCGUCAGCCAUGACUCUUAUAACUUCUCUCACCGGAUCGACCACCUGUCCUUUGGAGAAGCGAUUCCUGGGAUAAUCAGCCCGUUGGACGGCACAGAGAAGAUCUCUGCUGAGCCAAACCACAUGUUUCAGUACUUCAUCACCAUCGUGCCCACCAAGCUGAACACUUACCAGAUUUCUGCUGAGACGCAUCAGUACUCAGUCACAGAGCGGGAGCGAGCGAUAAACCAUGCUGCAGGCAGCCAUGGAGUCUCAGGGAUCUUUAUGAAAUAUGAUAUCAGUUCUCUGAUGGUCAGAGUCACCGAGCAGCACAUGCCUUUCUGGCAGUUUCUCGUCAGACUCUGCGGCAUCGUCGGAGGAAUUUUCUCCACCACAGGUAUGCUCCACAGUAUGAUCGGCUGCCUGGUCGAUGUCGUCUGCUGUCGUUUUCAGAUGGGAAUCUACAAACCUCUGACGGAGGCUUCUCUGAAUGAACAAGAAACCAGUGAAAGCUCAGUUCCUCCUCCUCCUCUGGAUGAUCUCUCACAACAAUGAGACGACAACAACUCAGCUGCAGUCGGCUGACGACUCCCCAGCUGCACCUUAACCACUAAAACAGCACAGCCUGACUCAUGUGGGUUUUUGGGCCGAGGCUGAGAAUAGGGAGCAAAAUACAAACCUGAAGAACAGGAAUUGAGAAGAUAUACAUCAUUUUAACAUAAAAUGUGACUACACACAUUCUCUGCAUUGUUUAUCCUGUAAAUUUUGUUUAAAUAUCGGCAAACGCAGAUAGCGAUACGUCUGUAAAAGGCUCAUAUUGACCUGCUGAUAAAUUGAUCGGGCUCCACCAAUCAGCAGUGAGAUGCUGGGAAAAUGUUUACAAGUUGUUUUAUUUUGAAAUAUGUGUUUCUUCUGAGAAAUGUGUAAAUAAUUGUAUCUUGUUUAUUUCUAUUGGAUGGAUGUGAGAUUGUUAUUGGUACCUCCUCUAAUGUAAUUUCCACUGGAAGCGUCCCUAGGACCAAACUACAGACAUGAUUUACAUCAUUAUUACAGACAGUAGCUGGUGUUCAAACCCACACAGGAGUUUCUGCUGAUUCUGACUUUGUCUGGGUUAUAUUUCCAGCUACACACUUGAUUGACAGAUGUGGUUUUAGCUUUUUUCAGAUUUUUUUCCCCCCAUGUUCUUUUGUGACAUCAGAAACAGAAGUGAAGAAAUUGUUCAGCCCCUUUAAGAACUGUGUGAAAGUCUUGAAGAAUUUUGGGUUGUUCCACAUUGUGCCUGUGUGUAAAUGAUUGUUGCAAACAUGAGGCUGACUUGUUAAAUAAAAGCCACUCUGAUGUGGUUUCAUUGUAAA